AUGGAACUUCUAACUAAAGUCACCGUCGGAGGCCAAGAACUCAAGAACAGAUUGGUGUUGGCUCCCCUCACGCGUGCUCGCUGUGAAAACACCGUCGAUCCCUUUGACAAGAUGAACAGCAUGCCAAAUGACAUCAUGGCAGACUACUACGCUCAACGUGCCUCUGGCGGUUUAAUCGUCACUGAAGCGACCGCAAUCAGUGAAGAUGGAGCAGGCUGGAGGAACGCACCUCACAUUCGCACAAAGGAACAGGCUCAGGCCUGGAAGAAGAUUGUGGAUCGCGUGCAUGAAAAUGAUGGUUUGAUUUACCUUCAACUCUGGCACAUGGGACGCCAAUCUCACAGCUCGCACCACCCCAAUACCAAGCGCGUUGUGUCGGCUGGAAACCUUCCCAUUGCCGACGGAAGCACCAAGGUGAAGACUGUGAAUAGCGAAAAUGCGGAUCCCGAGGUCCCUCAUGCAUUGACUAUUGAAGAAAUCAAGGAGACCAUCCAAGACUACGUGAACGCCAGCAAGUUGGCACAGGAAGCUGGAUUUGACGGUGUCGAGGUCCAUGCCGCAAACGGAUACUUGAUUGACCAGUUUUUGCAGUCCAGCAGCAACAACCGCACUGAUGAAUACGGAGGAUCCAAGGAAAACAGAGUCCGAUUCUUGCAAGAGGUUGUGCAGGCCAUCAUUGACAGCGGAGCCUUCCCUGCCAACCGCAUUGGAUUCCGCAUCAGUCCCAAUGGCGUCUUUGGAGGAAUGGGAAGCAAGGAUAACUAUGAAACCUUCACCCACGUGGCAAAGACAAUGAAUGAAUUCGGACUAGCCUACCUUCACAUUAUGGACGGUAAGGGCUUUGGGUGGCAUGGGCUUGACCGCGCCGUGACAGCAUUCGACGUGAAGAAAGUUUUUGAUGCACCAAUCAUCAGCAACGUCGGGCUCACCAAAGAAUCCGCGGAGGGCAUGAUCAGGUCUGGAGCUGCUGACUUGGCAUGCUUUGGACGGCUCUUCAUGUCCAACCCAGAUUUGCCCGAGCGAUUUGCCAACGACUGGCCCACAGCGCCCCCGGCUGAAUACCCCACGUGGUGGGGCCCAACUGGAGCCAAGGGAUACACUGAUUUCCCCACUUACGAAGAAGUACAAAUGUCAAAGAGCAAGGAGAUCAAGGUCGUUGUGAGUGAAGAUGGUGUCAAGGAGGUUGAAACUUAA